AUGCAGCCGACGAGCUUCUUCACGCUCGCCUUUGCUGCACUAGCGGCAGCGGCUCCACCUCUUAUGGAUGUACUCAAGAGCAAUAAUGAUACCUUGAGUACUCUGACCUCACUUCUGGCGAUGGUUCCAGCACUGAACCAGACCCUCGUCAAAGCCAAGGACGUCACCGUCCUCGCUCCCUCCAACGAUGCCUUCGUCAAGAUGAUGCAGAUGGACCCUACCUUUGCCCAAAAGGCGACCAACGCAACCUUCCUCGCCGAUCUCCUAAGCUACCACGUCGUCAGCGGCAAGACCACGGCCACCAUGUUUUUCGAACAGCCCAAGUUCGCUCAGACCCUCCUCGAGAUGCCCACCGCCAACGUCACGGGUAAUCAAAAGGUCGAGCUUGUCAGGAAGGGUGAUCAGGGCAGGGUAUUCAGCGGCUACAAGCAGAUGAGCGUCAUCACAAAAGCCGACGUCGCCUUCCAGAACGGCGUACUUCACAUCAUCGAUACCGUCUUGACGUUCCCCGGAUCCCCCGCCGACACGGCUAUGAACACGGGCCUCACGAGCAUGGCGGGCGCGUUGAUAAAAGCUGGGUUGGUCGAUGGUGUCAACUCUUUGCAGGCCGCGACUGUCUUUGCACCGACGAAUGCUGCGUUCCAGGCUAUUGGGGCUACGGUUGCGUCGAUGGAACCUGCGGAUCUUGCUAGGAUCCUACAGUAUCACGUUCUCAUGAACCAGGUCCGGUUCACCACAGGAGUGGCGACCAAGAUGGGAUAUAAGAGUCUGAUGGGCGAGAAGGUUUCGCUGCGGAAGGAGGAUACUACCGUCUUUGCCAACUCUGCCAAGGUUACUAUCAAGGAUAUCAUUACCAGCGACGGUGUUAUGCACGUCAUUGAUAGUGUCCUCAACCCAGCAUCACCCAAGUUGAGCCCAGGAACCUCAACGGCUGCCUUCCCCGGAGCAGUUCAAGCUGCCAAUGCCCCCUUCACUGACGGUGUCAAGCCGACUGCGAAUUUCACUCCGGCUGGGGCGGGUUCGAGAAGUUUUGAUGCCUCGCUCAAAUUUGCUAUGAUGGGGUUCAUGGGCUCUCUGGCUGUUGCGUACCUCUCUGGUGAGCAGACAUUAUACUUGAGAAGAAGUGCCAUCUUGUUUCUCACAUAA